AUGGCCAUUUGGGGUCUGUGGGUCAUCAACAAAGCCGGUGGCCUUGUCUACCAACGAAAUUUUGGAGAUGGGCUCCCGCAUUUGACUUCUAACGAGUAUCUCGUUCUUGCUGGUACACUCCACGGUAUCCAUGCAAUUACAAGUCGACUCUCUCCCUCCGGUCCGAGCUCGGGCGCGCAAGUGAUCACAGGCGAAUCAUUCAAGAUGACGAUCCUCUUGACGGCGACAGGCACUAAAUUUGUGCUGCUGACGUCCCUUGCAGAGACAACGGCCGAGUCAGUCUUGCAGAAAGUGUACGAGGCGUACGCUGAUGCGGUCAUGAAGAACCCGUUUCAUACUCCCGAGAUGCCCAUACGAAGCGAAGGCUUUGAUACCCGUAUAACUGCUCUGCUGGGCUCAUGA